CCACGCUGCUGCCUCAGAUCGCUGCUGCCCCGAGCGCCUAAAGGAGGCACAAAGUUGAAGCUGACUCUCCGUCUUCCGUUUAUGAUUGUUUGUUUGCGGUACGUGUUUACAUUGAGCCGAAAGCACCACGAUUCUAAAAUCGUCUGGGUUUAUACGACGGGGCACUGAAGGACGGAUUACAGACUAGGGCGCAGUGGAUGAUUUAUUCCGAACCGCAGCCGCCUGUUUUAUUUUCUUUCCCCCCAAAAGAAGAGUGGAAUGUGGCGGUCGUGGUGACGGGAAAGAGGAGUCAGAGAGGUUGGUAUCGCUUGGCACGGACUGAAAGGUUUGGAAACAGCGGGGUACCCUGUUCCUCCGAGUGCUGCGGUAUCUUCCUUUACCAGAACCGGCACGAAGACCAGAACCGCUUCCUCCUCCCGCUGGUGUGAGAACGGCACACCGGGACUGGAUUCAGAGACCCUGGGACAAGAGCAACGGGAUAAUAUCACACUCUCCUUACUCUCUCCUCAUCUCGACAUUGCUUCCUAUGUGAAUGGGAAGGAUUCUGAUAAAUUAAGCUACUUUCCUGGACGUAGUAAACAGUAGCCUGUCAGUAUUUAUUUGUUUGGAGUUGCUCUAUGCAUUAUUCAGCAUUUCACUAAUUUAAAAUAUUAUUUAACUAUUAUUGAGUGAGGUUUGGACGGAGAAUAUAUAAGUUAAAAACUCCCUGUGACAUUGAGAAGUUAUGUUUAGCCCAUUCUGACUUUUCGUUCCUCGCGGGAGACAAGUGUCCGAACAGCGCGUAGUCACUGAUGUGGGCAGCGGGGCUUACGGCUGAGACACGGCCUAGCUGACAGGACAGGGUGUGAAGGACACUUUGAAGUUUCGGUUGAGAUUGUACAUUUAAGGAAUCGCUUACCGUCCACGGUUUUUCGCCGGCGUUCGGCUAAACGAGCCCGUGACAGCUGAAAUGGAGCGUGUACUGCGGACCGCUGUCCUCGCGCUAUGGCUCUCACUCACAGGAUUGACCGGACCGUGUACUGCAGAUGAAGAGGUCUUGAUGAACACCAAAUUGGAGACGUCGGAUCUGAGGUGGACAAUCUACCCAUCUGAUGACCCACAGUGGGAGGAGAUGAGCGGGCUGGACGACGAGGGCGUGGGCGUGCGCACCUUCCAGCUGUGCCCGGGCGACAGCGCGUCCAGCCACUGGCUGCGCACCCGUCUGAUCCCGCGGCGCGGCGCCUCGCACGUCUACGUGGAGCUGCGCUUCACCAUGAUGGAGUGCUCCUCGCUGCCCGCGCACACCUACCGCGCCUGCAAGGAGACGUUCAACCUCUACUACUACCAGGCCGACAGCGACGAGGCCACCGCCAUGCACCCAGCCUGGAUGGAGAACCCUUACACCAAGGUGGACACGGUGGCGGCAGACUUCCUGCUGCGGCGCGGCGGCGAACGGCGCUCCAACGUGAAGACGCUGCGUCUGUCGGGCCUGAGCCAGCGGGGCUUCUACCUGGCCUUCCAGGCCCAGGGCGCCUGCAUGGCGCUGCUCUCCGUGCGCGUCUUCUUCAAGAAGUGCCCGGCGCUCACGCGCGCCUUCUCCGCCUUCCCCGAGACGCUGCCCCACAGCCUGGUGCAGCAGUCCACGGGCGCCUGCGUGCCCAAUGCCGCCUCGGCGCCCGACGACAUCAAGCCCCCGCCGCCCCCGCCGACCAUGUUCUGCGGGGAGGACGGGCAGUGGGUGGGGCUGCCGACGACCAGCUGCGCGUGCCAGCCGGGGUACGAGCCCCAGGACGUGGACCUGCACUGCAGAGCAUGUCCUCCGGGUCAGUUUAAGGCAGGCUUUGGGGCGGGGCUUUGUCAGCUUUGCCCCACCUACAGCUACACCAACGGUCCCGGCAACCCUGUGUGUCUCUGUCGCCCUGGAUACUACAGAGCGGAGGGAGACCCAGCUGACACCGCCUGCACAAAGCCCCCCUCGGCCCCACGCAGCAUCAUCACCCAGAUCAACGACACCACCGUGACCCUGGAGUGGAGCGAGCCCAAGGAGCGCGGCGGUCGCGCCGACCUCACCUACGCCGUCCAGUGCCUUCGCUGCAGCACCCCCGCCACCUCUUCCUCUUCCUCCGUCCCCACCUGCGCGCCCUGCGCCGAGGGCGUGAGUUACCGGCCGACUCAGAGCGAGCUGACAGGGCGGCGGGUGGUGGUGAGGGGGCUGCGCCCGCACACCACCUACACCUUCACCGUGCUCGCCCUCAACGGCGUCAGCGCACUGGCACCUGUGCCGCCGGCCAGUGAGACCGUCAACCUCACCACCAGCAGAGAUGUGCCUGUGCCUAUUUCAGACAUCAGGAAGACCAGAGCAACAGAGAGCAGCUUGUCUCUCAGCUGGCCCGUCCCCCACCAACCGCACUACACCGUCCUGGAGUACCAGCUGCGCUACUGCAUGAAGGACCCCAGUGACAUGGGCCAGAGCUGGCAGUACGUCAGCAGCGACAUGAACUCGGCGGUGAUCGGGGACCUGCGGCGAGGGUCGCUGUACGAGGUGCAGGUGCGGGCCAGGACCAUGGCCGGCUACGGACACUUCAGCCAGGCCAGGAGCUUCCGCACCAUGCCCGACGAAGAGGAGUCUCACUCGCGGAUGGUGGUGACCGGCGUGCUGGUUUCCAUGGGGGUUCUCUUCCUGAUCGCAGUGGUGUUCGUCGCCGUCUACUGCUUCCGACGCCACUCCAGAGUGAACGAUCCAGAGAUCAUGGAUAAGAACGGCCAGUACCUCAUGGGGCAAGGAGUCAAGGUGUACAUCGACCCGUUCACGUACGAAGACCCGAACGAGGCCGUGCGUGAGUUCGCCAAGGAGAUCGAUGUGUCCUUCGUCAAGAUCGAAGAAGUCAUUGGAGCAGGUGAAUUUGGCGAGGUGUGUCGCGGGCGGCUAAAGAUCCCCGGCAAGAAGGAGAACUACGUGGCCAUCAAGACACUGAAGGGUGGCUACACGGACAAGCAGAGGCGGGACUUCCUGUCGGAGGCCAGCAUUAUGGGCCAGUUCCAGCACCCCAACAUCAUCCACCUGGAGGGGGUGAUGACAACUAGCUGUCCCGUCAUGAUCCUAACCGAGUACAUGGAGAAUGGAGCCCUCGACUCCUUCCUCAGGCUGAAUGAUGGGCAGUUCACCCCUAUCCAGCUGGUUGGCAUGUUGCGUGGCAUCGCCUCGGGCAUGAAGUACCUGUCGGAGAUGAGCUACGUGCACAGGGACCUGGCGGCGCGCAACAUCCUGGUCAACAGCAACCUGGUGUGCAAGGUGUCCGACUUCGGCCUGUCCCGAUUCCUGCAGGAGAACUCGUCUGACCCCACAUACACCAGCUCACUGGGAGGUAAGAUCCCAAUCCGUUGGACCGCUCCUGAAGCCAUCGCUUUCCGGAAGUUUACCUCGGCCUCCGAUGUCUGGAGCUACGGUAUCGUCAUGUGGGAGGUCAUGUCCUUCGGAGAGAGACCCUACUGGGACAUGAGCAACCAGGACGUGAUUAACGCCAUCGAGCAGGACUACCGUCUACCCCCGCCUCCUGAGUGCCCGUGGGCGCUGCACCAGCUCAUGCUGGACUGCUGGCAGAGGGAGCGCUGCUCGCGCCCGCGCUUCUGCGACCUCGUCUCCGCCCUCGACAAGCUCAUCCGCAACCCCGCAUCGCUCAAGGUCACCGCGCGCCACGGCGACGGGCCGUCUCACCCGCUCCUGGACCAGAGGCCGCCACCGCCGCUGUCCCAGUGUGCAUCUGUGGGGGAGUGGCUGCGGGCCAUAAAGAUGGGGCGCUACGAGGAGAACUUCAUCCAGGCCGGCUUCACCUCCUUCGAGCUGGUGUCACAGAUAUCCACUGAGGAUCUGUUGCGUAUUGGUGUGACUCUUGCCGGCCAUCAGAAGAAGAUUCUCUCCAGCAUUCAGACGCUUCGAGUUCAUGGGAAGGGCCCUAGCACUCUGCGUUACUAAGCAACAAUGUCAUCCCUUCAAACUUCCCGCUUCAUCCAACCCAGCACCCCGGCCUUGCCAUAGCGACUCCAGGACCCUCGCCUUUGUCUGGCCUAUUCACCAGCAGAGAUGACAUCACAAUGCCCCAUCAUCAAUCACUGCCAUUUCCCCCAUACACUUCAUCAGCAGAAGUGAUGACAUCACAACAGCAACAUUUUCAUCCCUUCACCAACCAUUUUUGGAACAUGACAGAAGGUGACAUCAACAUAGCAGCACUGUGUUAUCCAUUCGACAUGGAGUAAAUCUGAUGACAUCACAACAGCCAGCAGUCAAUGUUGCCGCAGCUCUUCUUUUCAGAGUCAUGAAUUCAUCAUGCCAGCAGCCUGCAUUCAACCAAUCACUGUUCAUGAUGCCCCUAGUUAGGACUACAACUUGAAGGUGACAUCACAAUCAAACACAUGCAAUACUGACCUUUCCACUGUGCCACACUAAGUGAUUGGCCAAAGCUCUUAGUGGGAUAUGUAGUUUUUUUUCUGUCCAGCAUUAAAAAACUGGAUUUGGGAAAGAAAGGAAAAGUAACUAAUUGUUGACAGACUAGUAAAGGACACACAAGGAGUGAGAAUGAGAGUGAGAGAGAGAGAGAGAAAGAGAUAUCUCUCUGCGCCUUAUGUCUUUGUCACAUUGCUAGAAGACCACAGUGAUUCAAAAUGGCCGCCACUGAUCCCUGUGGAGGACCUUGUGUUCUUCUGUGGUUUUCCCAUGUCCGAGUUUCCUCCUCCUCUUCCUCUGUGGUUUUCCAAGCAGAUUCUCAUUGACAAGGACCUCAGGACAACACACACACACACACACACACACACACACCUUUAUCUAGAAGAGCACUUUUACCACAUACUUGUAGGCUGUGGGUAUGUAUGUGUGUUUUGUGGUGUGGGUGUGCACACGGAGGAAGCGAUGGCCAAAGAGAGGAAAGGAAGGAGAGCGGGAUCAUGUUUGUCUUCCUCCCCAGGGACAUCAAGGUCUCAUAAAGAUGGAGGCCUGCAAGGCUUUUUCUUCAGGGUUUUUAAAAACAAUAAAGGAAUAUUUUAAAGACGCUUUUUUUUAGCAUCGUCGAGGGAGACAGGUUACUGCGGUUACGCCUCCGGUGGCCCCUAGGGCGGGGCUUUGACAGACGGUGCCUGGAUAAGCCCCCACUUUUGUGAUAAUCCUGUUCCCCCACCUAAGCAUCCAAAUACGAACUGUCCAAUGAACAGCUCUGAACUAUGAACCUUGACAACGCCAUGGCAAUUCAGCCUAUUUGAAUUCUGGGAGUUGAAGAAGGAUCUUCACAUUGAAGGUCUGUUAUUAUAUUAAUAAUUAUUAUUCUAGUCAACCAAGGAUUUUUAAAGAUAAUUUUCUGCCUUUUGUAUGUAAAAAAAACCAUUAAUAUGAAUGAAUCUAUAUUAGUGAGCAAACAGUUGGGAGUUCAAUGAGCCAGGCUUGUACGUCUGGACAGUGUGUAAUCUGUGUGUUUAAUCACAAUAAAGAUUCCUACUGUGGUCCCAGUCA